UGUGUUUGUGUGUUCCAAUCAGAAUACACACAACAACAAGGAGCCACUCAGUCCCCGUGUUGGCAUCGGAUAUUCCUCUGCUCUGCCUUCAGUUGGAUUCGGAUCGGUUUAUGCGCGAAACGCGAAACGCAGCGAAUGGAAAAAGUUGAAACGUAAAUUGCCGUCGCCAAAAACUAAAAGUAUCUCCCCUCAAAAACUAACUGGUAAACUAACUAAUUUAAUAGCGGUCUUGUGAUUAAUUAGCCACCACGGAAACUAGUCGCGUGAUUCCUCGCAUAAAUUCCAUUGGCUAUCGGCUGGAAGCCAUUGUGUCUGGCCAUCUAUCGAUCGCGAUAGUCAGUGUGUGUGUGUUUGUGUUUACUGUGUAUUUUUUGGCCAACAUUAUGCAAAUGUAUCCGAGUCUGUGAAUUGCGUGUGAUUUGUGGCAUCCACAGACUGGAAACAACCCAUUCAAAAUCAAAUCAAACCACAAAAGAGCACAAAACGUUUGGCUUUACAGGCAGUUAGGCACUCGAGCCUAACCAUCGUACAGCACAGCACAGCAAACAGGCCAUUAAGUCCGCUCCUAACUGCCAAUUGGCAUACGAAUCUUCAUUUGCAUACAUCAAACACAUCAGAAAUCAGCGCAGCACACAAAAGACUGAGAAGAGAGACACUCUGGGAGGCAGCUGAGGAUCGAAUCAACAGUCAAUCCACAUCGGACCAACAGUCGACUCGCGACUAUCCGCACUUUAGUGGGGAUCAUCAGAACGUGCCGCCGCAGGUUGCGCCCAGCGUCAAGAUGUACCACAGCAGCGCCGUGGCGGCCUACACGGACCUGGCCGCCGCCGGAAGUGCAGCCAGCGCAGGAGUUGGAGUCUCCGGCUACCACCACCAGCAGGCCGUUAAUGCACCCGUCUACGUGCCCUCCAAUCGCCAGUACAACCAUGUGGCCGCCCAUUUUGGGAGCGCAGCUGCAGCGCAGAAUGCCUGGACAACGGACAGCUUCGGGUCGGCGCAUGCGCAGCUGCCGGCGCAGUUCUACACACAGAAUGCGGCCGUGAUGAUGGGCUCAUGGAGGAGUGCCUACGAUCCCACGGGAUUCCAGCGAUCCUCGCCCUACGAGAGCGCCAUGGACUUUCAGUUUGGCGAGGGACGCGAGUGCGUCAAUUGUGGGGCGAUCUCGACGCCGCUGUGGCGACGGGACGGCACCGGACACUAUCUGUGCAACGCCUGCGGGCUCUAUCACAAAAUGAACGGCAUGAACCGACCCCUGAUCAAGCCCAGCAAGCGCCUGGUGAGUGCAACGGCCACGCGGCGACUGGGGCUCUGCUGCACCAACUGCGGCACCCGCACCACCACCCUCUGGCGGCGCAACAAUGACGGGGAGCCCGUCUGCAAUGCCUGCGGCCUCUACUACAAGCUGCAUGGCGUCAACCGUCCGCUGGCCAUGCGCAAGGAUGGCAUCCAGACGCGCAAGCGCAAGCCCAAGAAAACGGGAAGCGGCUCUGCGGGCGGGUCAGGAGCGGUAGCUGGCUCGGGUGCGGUCCUGGAGGCCAUCAAGGAGUGCAAGGAAGAGCACGAUCUCAAGCCAUCGCUUAGCUUGGAACGGCACAGCCACAGCCUCAGCAAGCUGCACACGGAUCUGAAGAGCAGCAGCAGCGGCAGCCUCAUGGGGCAGCAUCAUGUCCAGCAGCAGCAGCAGCAACAGCAGCAGCAGGCCCAUCAGCAGCAGCAGCAGGCGCACCAGCAGUGCUUCCCACACUACGGACAGGCAGCGACGCAGGCGCAGCAGCAGGCGCAGCAUCAGCAGCACGGCCAUGGCAUGAGCACACCUUCCGCGGCGCAAUCGCAGCUGAGUGCCCGGCAGAUCCAUGGAGCCACCGGCUCCCAACUUUACACGCCCGGCAGCAGUGCGGGCGGAGCGGGAUCCGGUGCCUCGGCGUACACCUCGCACAGCGCCGAGACACCUUCACUGAGCAAUGGCACCCCGUCUCCGCACUACCAGCAUCACCACCACCUGGGCAGCUCCCACGGACACCAUGUGGCAGCAGCGGCGCACCAUCACCUGCAUGCGGCAGCCGCUGCAGCCGCUUAUGGCGUAAAGACCGAGGCGACAGCCACCAACUACGACUACGUGAACAACUGUUACUUUGGUGGCACCUUUGGGGCACUGGGCGGAGCAGCCUCGACGGCCGCCUUGGCGGGGGGAGCCGAGUUGGCCGGAUAUCACCAUCAGCACAAUGUCAUCCAGGCGGCCAAGCUGAUGGCCACCUCCUAAGCUAGUGGGCCAUGCAUUUGUGGCUCUGUGAUCUCCCGUCUGUCUCCCCCCAACCACAGCAGCAGCACCUGCACCAGAGCAAGUCCACGUUGCAAUCGCAUUGAAAAGACUUUAGACGUUAGUUAGUCCCCCAUUCUCCCCUAUACUAAGCCUAAGAUUAUCCCUUUGGCAUGUAUGUAAAUACCGUAACUUUAUGUGGCCAGUCUUGUUGUACAAAUCUGCAUCUACCAAUACAUAGAGCUAAGUAGGUGUCUGCGUGUGCGUGUGUGCGUGUACAGUUAUCGUUUGUGGUUUAGCUUCUUAUUUUAAUGAUGAUGAUUAAUUGUUCCACUAGCUUAAAUAUCCUUAACUAUUCCUAUUCCUUGUGUUACCAGCACGGCUUACACACCCCUCCCCUCAUAGACCAUUUGGCAGUAGGCGUAAUUACUAGAAUAGUAUUAUUAUUAUGUUUAUCCAUUUAACAAAUCUAUGCGUAAUAAAAUUGUAUUCAAAAUA